GAGCUUCCAGUCCAGUGGGCUCCACACCUGUCAUUUGCAUCAGGAGGCUCAUGUCUGACCCUGUCUUCCUGCCAGUCCUGAGGACGGAGCCUGAGCCUCCAUCGUGUACCACGCAGGGAGGACAGCGGACCUGCUCUCCGUGUUCAUGGCCCAGCAGAGGGGAAGCGCAGCUCAGUGUCCGAGCUACACAGAGCCACAGAAUCUCACAGGUGUCUCAGAAUUCCUCCUCCUGGGACUCUCAGAGGAUCCAGAACUGCAGCCGGUCCUCGCUGGGCUGUUCCUGUCCAUGUACCUGGUCACGGUGCUGGGGAACCUGCUCAUCAUUCUGGCCAUCAGCUCUGCCUCCCACCUCCACAGUCCCAUGUACUUCUUCCUCUCCAACCUGUCCUUGGCUGACAUCGGUUUCACCUCCACCACGGUCCCCAAGAUGAUUGUGGACAUGCAAACUCACAGCAGAGUCAUCUCCUAUGCAGGCUGCCUGACUCAGAUGUCUUUUUUUGUCCUUUUUGCAUGUAUGGAUGACAUGCUCCUGAGUGUGAUGGCCUAUGACCGGUUUGUGGCCAUCUGUCACCCCCUGCACUACCGAGUCAUCAUGAACCCACGCCUCUGUGGCUUCUUAAUCUUGUUGUCUUUUUUUAUUAGUCUUUUGGACUCCCAGCUGCACAAUUUGAUUGUGUUACAGCUCACCUGCUUCAAGGAUGUGGCCAUUUCUAAUUUCUUCUGUGACCCUUCUCAACUCCUCCACCUUAGGUGUUCUGACACCUUCAUCAAUGAAAUGGUCAUAUAUUUCAUGGGUGCCAUAUUUGGCUGUCUCCCUAUCUCAGGGAUCCUUUUCUCUUACUAUAAAAUUGUUUCCUCCAUUCUGAGAGUUCCAACAUCAGAUGGGAAGUAUAAAGCCUUCUCCACCUGUGGCUCUCACCUGGCAGUUGUUUGCUUAUUUUAUGGAACAGGCCUUGUAGGGUACCUCAGUUCAGCUGUGUCACCAUCCCCCAGGAAGAGUAUGGUGGCUUCAGUGAUGUACACUGUGGUCACCCCCAUGCUGAACCCCUUCAUCUACAGCCUGAGGAACAAGGACAUUCAAAGUGCCCUGUGCAGGCUGCAUGGCAGAAUCAUCAAAUCUCAUCAUCUCCAUCCUUUUUGUUAUAUGGGAUAGAAAUGGCAGCAAAAUUUAACACCUAGGCCUGCAAAUUCUGCCUCCUUGGUCACAUUAUUUUGGUUGCUUGAUGGCUUUCAUUCCUCUCUGGGUUUCGUAUGUGAAUAUUGCUUGCUUUGUUUUGUCUUUAACUGCAAUAGGUGAGUAUUCUGGUAUCCUUUGUUCAUCACACACAUCAUGAAUGAUUCCAGUAUACCUAGACAGCCUCCUUUAGUAUCGGUGCAAUGAUCUUGAUAUCCAGGUGCAAUCACAAAUCUUUUCUGAUAGACUUGAAAUCCUCACUUAACAUUGUCAAGAGGUUUUUGGAAACUGCAACUUUAAAAAAAAAAGUGCAGCAGGUCCUGAAAUAAGUUCAUUUUGUUCAAUGUUGUUUAGUUUUAAUUUUGGUGAGAAAUGAAUAAAUUGGUUUCAUGGUUCAUCGUUUUGCUUGAAUUGUGGUUUCUAAUUUCCUGUGGAGGAUGUUAAGUGAGGACUUAUCGUACUUCGUAUUUACCUCCCUUUUUACAGUUCCUGUGUAAUUUCUGUCCAAAUCGCAUCUAGGAAAUCACUUUAGGCAGCUUAC